UCAUGUGCGAAGGAUUUGUAUGUAAAAAUGAUCGAAAUGUGACCUUAUAGUAUCAUAUAUGUCUAAUAUAUCUGCGUAAUGCUUUAUUGUUAAUUUCUAUGUCGAUAAUAUAUUGCCAUUGUAGUUAACAAAUUGCAAUAGUCAUUAGGUGGCUCAUAUUAACACGGCUCGUCGACUAGUAAAGUCCUCGGCCAAUAGUUAUAACAGAUAAUAAUGGCUGAUAAUAUAAAUAGAAAUAUAGUAGAACCUCCUCCUAGGAAGGAAAGUGUUGCAGAUAGAAGGAAAAGCGUAGUCGGGAAACCAUUGGAGUUAGACGAUGUGUUAGUUAACGAAUUGGGACAAUUCGGCUUCUUUCAAUUGAGGAAUAUUCUGCUCGUCGCUUUGCCAAUCAUCGCCUCGGCUUUUAUGAGCGAAUACAUAUUCUCAGCGGCUGCGAUCCCACAUAGAUGUCAAAUACCAGAAUGCGGUGAAACCGGAAAAGACUUUAACUAUGAUCCACAUUGGGUCCUGAACGCGGUACCAGCAACCAGCUCGGGAUUUUCUAGCUGUGAGAGGUUCACUCCCACAGGACUAGAAAACGGAAGCUUGCUCUCCUGCCCCGCUACUCUCUUCGAUCGGCCGAACACCGUCGCCUGUGAUGGCUUUGUUUACGCCAGAGAUAAUUCUGUUGUUUAUGAUUUCGAUCUUGGUUGUCAAGAAUGGCUGCGAGCUCUGGCGGGUACGCUGAGCAGUGUGGGUACUCUCCUAGUCUUGCCCAUCACCGGCUACAUCUCCGACAAGUAUGGACGGCGCAUGGCACUCAUCAUCAGCGUCUUCAACCUUGCACUCUUCGGCCUCAUCCGCGCCUUCUCCGUCAACUACACCAUGUACCUCGUACUACAACUAAUGCAGACGACCUUCGGAGCUGGAACUUUUAGCUCUGCUUAUAUCUUUGCGGCGGAGCUUGUGGGUCCCAAGUAUCGUGUAAUCACAAGUGCAACCUCGUCCUCCAUGUUCGCGGUGGGGCAAGUGGUGCUGGGCGGUGUGGCGUGGGUAGUGCAACCCUGGCGGUACAUGAUAAUGGCCCUCCACAUCCCUUGCUUCCUCAUCAUCGUCUACUAUUGGAUCCUCUCGGAGAGCGUGCGCUGGCUACUCUCAAAGCGCAAGUACGUGGAGGCUCGCGCCGUGCUCGAGAAUGUUGCCAGGGUCAACAAGACUUAUAUCAGUGAAAAGUCCAUGGAAGCCUUGAUGAACCCUCCUGAAGUCACACAUAAGGUUGAAUCAAAUAUAGUGCAAACAAUCUUCAAAUCAAGAGUACUGUUACGUCGAGUAUGCACAACUCCUAUCUGGUGGAUUACCACAACCUUCGUCUACUACGGCUUGUCUAUCAAUUCGACUAGUCUUUCGGACACCAUGUAUCUCAACUUUAUUCUGACCUGCGCUAUCGAGAUCCCCGGCUACGCCACUGCUGUCCUUAUCCUUGACAGGAUCGGCAGGAAGGCUACACUUUCUGGCGGCUUCUUCUUAAGUGCGGCCUGUAACAUCGCUUUUGCUUUUAUACCAUCAGAACUCAAUGUCGUUCGGUUGGUGAUAUACCUACUUGGUAAGUUCGGUAUCUCAGUAGUGAUGACGUCACUAUACCUGUUCACUUCCGAGCUGUAUCCGACUGAGUACCGGCACACUCUGCUCGCCUUCUCCUCCAUGAUCGGCAGGAUUGGAUCAAUCAGCGCGCCGCUCACACCCGCACUGAUGGAGUAUUGGAACGGCAUACCGUCAGUGAUGUUCGGAGCUAUGGGUCUUCUGUCAGGUCUGCUGGUACUGACGCAGCCGGAAACCUUGGGCACCAAGAUGCCUGACACCCUCGCUGAGGCGGAAGCUCUCGGCAAGCCUGAGUCCAAGUUACAAAACAAUUAACCAAUGGAUCUGAUUAGAAGAUAGUUUUAAAGAAGUUAUGGGAAAAUGUUCAGAAAUAUUAUGUAC